AUGGCCGCCGACAAAGUUCCUAUCCUCACACAGACUGCUCUUGCAAGUGAUGGAUGGAUAACAUCUGCUGACUCGGAUCUUGCUUCCGGAGCACAAGCACACUAUCACGCCGAUUUCUCUGAAAGCUUCCCUCUAAUUAGUGGCGAGAUGACAGUUUAUACAUCUACUGACCUGGAUGAGCUAAAUCUUGUUGCCCAAAAGUAUCGAAGUCGGAAUAAAGGCUGCUAUUCCACCAAAUAUCCUUCACAGUUCAUCAUACCAAAAGAGCACACGAAAGUCAAAGCUGAAUAUUCAACUGGUAGUCUUGGAUUCGAAAAGACAUUUCUCAUCAUGAAAGGAAUGCAGGAUGAUGGGAUAUACGAAGAAUUCAGUUCAUCGUAA